AAAUCAUUUUUUUUUCUUUAUCAAACGUUUAGGAAUCUUGAACCUUUACGUGAUUGGAAUUAUCGUUGUUACAACGGUAUCUUAGUGUUUUUUCGACUUAAGAGCUGUUAAUGAAAAGAGCUCGAUAGUUGUUGACCGUGAUCUUAAAACGGUCAUGGCCUACAUUCGAAAUUGUUUACAGAUUGCUUCCAAGAACCUUACAGGAGGCGCUUUCUCGCGCUCUCCAAUAACGUUCAACAAUUGCUUAAAUUCUACUAUUAAUAAAAAUUCAAGAAAUUUUUUAAAUCAGUCAAAUUCUCACGUCUCGCGAUCGAAUAUAUCAACACUUAUUUCACAUUCAGUUCCACAAACUUCAAAUUCUCCUAUACUUCUUCUUUUACAACCUUUGCGCUAUGAAACACAAUAUCAAAGGGCUUUUUCUUGUAGUACUAGUCAAAAAUUCUUUAUUUUUACGCGAAAUUAUGCUCGUAAUAGAUCUAAAUCAAAUGAUUCAAAAUUGAAUUCUAAUUCUGGAUCAGGUGAUAAUAAUUCUAAGAACAAUAGUUCUGAAAGUGGUGAAAAUAAUAAUGGUAACAAUGGUGAUGACUCUUCAAGUAAUGGUAAUAAUGGUGAAAAUUCUAAUGGUGGUAAUGGUAAUGAUAAUAAAGGUAAUGGAAACAAAGGUGAUGGAUCUAAUAAAAAUAAUGGAAAUGGAUCAGGAGAUAGUAAUGGACCUCGUUCGCCAUUUGAAGGUAGUAUUCAUAGGACUCUUCAAGUAUUAGAAACAACAUUACAAAAACCUUCUAUACCGGAUGUUUAUCCACAAGUAUUGGCUAUACCAAUAACUCGUCGCCCAUUAUUCCCUGGAUUUUAUAAAGCUGUUGUAAUUAAGGAUCCUCAUGUCACGGCUUCCGUUAAAGAGUUGAUGAAACGUGGACAACCUUACGUAGGAGCAUUUCUUUUAAGAGAUGAGGAAGCGGAUGUCGACAUAAUAACAAACAUUAAUCAAGUUUAUAGAGUGGGGGUUUUUGCCCAAAUUACCAGCGUUUUUCCUGCUAAUGGUGGGCAAGAUGAAAAUUCUUUAACGGCUGUCUUAUACCCUCAUCGACGUAUUCGUAUUAAGGAACUUAUACCUCCUUUAACAACAACAAAUGUUUCGGAGGCUGAGAUCGUCUCUGAUUCAGUACAACAAACUGCUGUUGAUGAGCCACCUAAUUUGAAACCUCCACCACAACAACCUAAAGAUUAUAAUGUUUCACUUGUUAACGUUGAAAACCUCAAUGAUGAAUCAUACAACAGAAAAAACCAAAUUGUUCGCGCUAUAACUUCGGAAAUUGUAGCCGUAUUUAAAGAUAUAGCUACAUUAAAUCCACUUUUUCGGGAUCAAAUUGCUAAUUUUUCAAUGUCUCAAUCCGCCGGAAAUGUAUUUGAGGAACCUGCAAAACUUGCUGAUUUUGCUGCCGCAGUUUCAACUGGUGAACCACAAGAAUUACAAGAAGUACUUGAAAGUUUGGUUAUCGAAGAACGUUUACAGAAAGCUUUACUUGUUCUUAAAAAGGAAUUAGUAAAUGCUCAAUUACAAAGCAAAAUUAGUAAAGAAGUAGAAUCGAAAAUUGCUAAACGUCAAAGAGAAUAUUAUUUGAUGGAACAAUUGAAGGGAAUUAAGAAAGAAUUAGGUAUUGAAUCGGAUGGAAAAGAUAAACUUGUGGAGAAAUUUAAGGAGAAAGCAGAUAAGCUUGCGAUGCCAGAAGGUGUAAAGAAAGUUUUUGAAGAGGAAAUCAAUAAACUUGCUCAUUUGGAACCUGCAGCUUCCGAAUUCAAUGUGACUCGUAACUAUCUUGAUUGGCUCACUCAAGUUCCCUGGGGUUUAAGAUCCCCGGAAAACUAUAAUAUCAAACAUGCUGUUACGGUACUCGAUGAAGAUCAUUAUGGUCUUCAAGAUGUAAAAGAUAGGAUCUUGGAAUUCAUUGCUGUUGGUAAAUUAAGGGGUACCGUCGAAGGGAAAAUAUUGUGCUUUGUUGGACCUCCUGGUGUUGGAAAAACUUCUAUUGGAAAGUCAAUUGCAAGAGCUCUUUCCCGUCAAUUCUAUCGUUUUAGUGUAGGCGGUCUUACUGAUGUCGCCGAAAUCAAAGGUCAUCGACGUACAUAUGUUGGAGCAAUGCCUGGCAAGGUUGUUCAAGCAUUAAAGAAGGUGCAAACUGAGAAUCCAUUGAUUCUUAUCGAUGAAGUUGACAAAAUUGGUAGAGGACAUCAAGGUGAUCCAGCUUCCGCACUUUUAGAACUUCUUGACCCUGAACAGAAUUCAUCAUUUUUGGAUCAUUAUAUGGAUGUUCCAAUAGAUCUUUCAAAAGUGCUUUUUGUUUGUACAGCGAAUGUAGUAGAUACAAUACCAGGACCAUUACUUGAUCGUAUGGAAGUAAUACAACUUUCUGGAUAUGUAGCUGAUGAAAAAGUUGCUAUUGCUUCUAAAUAUUUAGCACCAACUGCAAAAGAUAUGGCUGGUUUGCAAAAUGCUAAUGUUAUACUUAAACAAGAUGCUAUUGAAGCAUUAAUUAAAUCAUAUUGUCGAGAAAGUGGUGUUCGUAAUCUUAAAAAACAUAUUGACAAAAUUUACCGCAAAGCAGCUCUAAAGAUAGUAAAGGAUAUCGGCGAAGAAGAAUUGCCUCCACAAGAACUUGAUAAUAUCGAGGCAGAAUCCGAAACUCCUGAAAAGGAAAAGGAAAAGGACAAAGAAACAACUAUCACAUCUGAACCACGUAAACCUUUGGAAGUUCCUUCAGAUGUUCAUGUUGAUAUUACUUCUGAAAAUUUGAAGGAAUACGUAGGACCCCCUCUAUGGCAUUCAGAUCGCCUAUAUGAUAAUACACCACCUGGUGUUGCCAUGGGCUUGGCUUGGACAAGUAUGGGUGGUUCCGCAUUAUAUGUUGAAUCCACACUUGAGUCUAUCCUUACUCCAACAUCAACUCCUUCUCUUUCAAAAACUGGACAAAUGGGUGAUGUAAUGAAGGAAUCUUCAAACAUUGCGUACACAUUUGUAAAAAGCUUAAUGGCUCGGUCAUACCCGGAAAAUAAAUUUUUUGAAAGAGCUUCUAUACAUCUUCAUGUACCAGAAGGCGCAACUCCAAAGGAUGGUCCUUCUGCUGGUAUUACCAUGGCAACUUCACUUCUUUCUCUCGCGCUUAAUAAGUCACUUGAUCCGACUAUUUCAAUGACUGGUGAACUUACGCUUACCGGAAAAGUUUUGAAAAUCGGAGGACUUCGUGAGAAAGCUGUAGCAGCUAAAAGAUCAGGAGUAUCCACUAUAAUUUAUCCUGAUUCAAAUAUUAGUGAUUGGGAAGAAUUACCUGAAAAUAUUAAAGAAGGUCUUAAUGGUAUACCUGUAGGGUGGUAUGAUGAAGUUUUUAAAGUAGCAUUUGGAAAUGUAACAAAUGAAUCCGCUGCUAAAUCGUGGUCGAAAAUGAUAGAACCUAGAACUAAAGUUGGUGAGGUUAUCAAUAAUAAGAAAGAAAUUGCAGGAAUUCAUGGCAUCAAUAGCAAGAAAGAUAAUGUAUUGGAAGUUGCAUGAAUUUAAAUGGACUUUAAAAAAGAGUAAAUGAUUUAUUUUUUUUUACUUUAUUCUUAUUAAUUUUAUUAAUUUAAAAAAUGUGAUAGAUUUAGACUAUAACGUGUGAAGAUAUUCAUUAUAGUUAAUAAAAACAAAAGUUUAUUCUCUAAUAAUAAAUUACAUAAGAUGAUUUGAAUAUGUAUUCCUGAAUUAUAGAUAAAAUAUUAUGAUACAA